UCUAGGGAAGAGUCUCACACCAUAAAUUACUUACCCUUUUGGAUUUGCCGCUUACUUCUCUCUUCUGUGGACAACACAAAGUCAAUUUUGGGAGACCAAAAAAAUACUAAUUUACUCAUUUUGAUUUACUGGGUAUACAGCGAAAAGAUGGAGGUGCAUGAGUUCAAUCACGUUUGAUCAUACAAAAGUAAUCACCAAGGUACAGUUUCUUUCUUUCUUUCUUUUGGGUAAACAUCAUGUAACCAAACAGUAAUGCUAUUGGGUUUGCACCAUUGCACACCAACUGUUCGACGAAAGUCCUGUGAGGUUCAUAAUUCCAUAACUUGUAACUUUACUAGCUCAAUUCUUGUGAUGUGAGUGAAACAGAAGAUGAGAGGUUCGAGUAGUGUAGGACUUGGUUUGAGCCUUGUGUUUGGGUGUCUUUUACUAGCUCUUGUUGCUGAGCUUUAUUAUCUCAUAUGGUGGAAGAAAAAGGCAAAUAACAGAGACAUUAUUCAAGAAAGUUACACUAGUCCAGUAACAGAAUCUUUCUACAUGUUUUGUUGUAAAAAGCCCUCAUCUUUGAUCACCACAGGUCUAACCACAGACACCCAAGUUCAUGAACCAAUUUGGGUCAGACCAUUUGGUCAAGAACAACAAGUUUUGAGGCUGCAGAACAUGAACCUCUCUGUGCCUCCAAGAUUUCUCUUCACCAUUAAAGAGGAAACAAAAGAAGAUUUGGAAUCAGAUGAUGUCAGUAGAAGGAGUUUGAGUGAUGUGGGUUCAGUAUUUUUUACUCCACUUGCUUCACCACCAUUCUUGACUCCACCUAUAACUCCUGUAAAUUAUUCAUUUAGAGCUUUUAGUCCUCUGUUCCAGUCAACAAGUGAUUCUGAGUUUAACAGGAUAUGGGCUUCACCGCCUCCGAAGUUCAAGUUCUUGAGAGAUGCUGAAGAUAAACUUCAAAGGAAGCUGAUGAAAGCUGAUGAUGAUGAUGAUGUUGACGGCAUCAAGGAUGAAGAAGAGGGUUCUUAUUUGUGCAGUAGUUAAAGUAGUUUGUAUGAGUUUUAGUGGAACUUUAAUCUAACAAAAAGCCCAUAACUUGUUCAUUAGUUUUCAAUUGUUGUAGCUUAAAAGAAGCUCAUUUGAAUUGUUUAGUUCUAUAUGUUUGUAAUUAUCUAAGUCAGAGCAAUCAUGCUAUAUUAGAUUGUAAAAUAAUGUACAACAUUCUGAAGCAUUUGUAUAGUGCUCUGUGAUGGUUUUAGUAAAAGAAUAUUGCCCAGA